AUGAUAGACAAAGAUUUAUUUUGGAAUAUUCGAUCAGUUAAUACCCAAAAUUCAUUUGGGAGAUUGGUCGAUCUCAAUAGAAGAAACAAUUACAAUUUUAUUGCUCUUAUAGAGCCUUUUCAGGCUCCGACGGAGAUUCAUAAUUUUAGAGUGCGGUUAGGAUUUGACAAUGCUUUUGUCAACAGUUCUGGGAAAAUAUGGAUUUUUUGGCGGAAUGAAUGGGAAGGGGUGGUUCUGCAGAAUGCUAUUCAACAGCUUACAAUGAAGUUUUCUUGGGGCGGGAGGAUUUUUUUCAUUACUUCAAUCUAUGCUAGGUGUGAUGCCAUAGAAAGAUUGGAGUUAUGGGAAGAAUUAGAAGAAAUGGAUACGGCUGGUUCACCAUGGCUUGUGGGGAGGGAUUUUAAUGUUAUUUUGAACAAGGAGGAGAAGCUUGGUGGUCAAGAGUUCUCACAACAUGAGGCAACAGAUUUUGCAAUGUGCAUAAACUCAUGUGCAUUGACAGAGGUGAGAUUUACUGGGAGUAAAUACACGUGGUAG